UGCAUCUCAUCUCAAGGGAAUAGGGGAAUUUCCGCCGUGAACGGUCCAUUCGUUCAUAUUCCCCUGUGGAGGUUAUAACUCGGACGAAAUGCUGUUAAGAUCACCAGUGCGAGCCAGCUUAAUUGUCUCGCCGAUCAGCCCAGGGCGACUUGGACAAACACCAUAUCAGCAAAAGAGGGCAUUUUUAGACUCGUUACUGAGCUCAACUUUGGGACCUUGCCCCUUGCGAACUCUCAGCCACACCAAAACUCUGCCAUACCCACCGCUCACCGUCUUCAAAGCUGUCUCAGAUGUGUCGGGGUAUCCAUCUUUUCUCCCAUUCACGAUCUCGUCGCAUGUGACAUCAAGGGAUGCUGCAGGAUAUCCUACCCGUGCGAGGCUCAAGGUGGGAUAUGCCAAGUUUGGACUGGAAGAGGACUGGGAUAGUGUGGUGAAGUGUGAUCCUAAGCAAGGCUUGGUGGAGGCUCGAAGCAGUGACGAGAGCAGCAAUGGGCUUUUUGAAGUGCUAAACACCAAAUGGCAAAUUGCAGCUUCACAUCCCAGCACAGAAAACCAGACUGCUGUCAAGUUGGAUGUCCAUGUCCGAUUUAGGAAUCCAGUGUACGAUCAGAUGUUUGCCCAGGUGGAAGGCAAGGUGGCGAGUACCAUGGUGUCUGCGUUCGAGAAGAGGGUCGAGGAUUUGCACCGGAAGAAGUAA